GGACUCCUUGUCUGACCAAAGUCCAUGUUCACUUGGCAUCGUUUAUUCUCAACAAAAUCUGGUAGGAUUUGAGUCAUUAAAGAAUGGCAGAACAAGGAAGAGAGGGAGUCCCUCAGGAAGGGCAGGCUGCAGCAGGACAACCACAACCUAUGCAACCUCAAGCUCCUGCUUUGCAGCCUCCUGUGGUACAGGUUGCACCUGUACAGCCUCAAGCUGGGCACCCCCUUGCUGUACAACCACAAGCCCUACAACCUGCACCUGUACAACCACUGGCUCUACAACCACCUGCUGUACAACAAGCACCUGGGCAACCUCAAGCUGUACAACCUCCACCUGUACAACCACCUGCUGUGCAACCUGCACCUGGCCAACCUCAAGCUGUACAGUUACCAGCAGCACAACCCCCAGCUGUAGUACAACAGCCCAGGCCAGUACUGGAGCUAGAGUGGGGUCGUGCUGUCCUCAGAAUCUACGACCAGCACUUGGCAGCUGGGGUUGGGAUGGCAGCAGGACUUGGAAUUGGACUUGGAAUAGCAGCCUUCUACUUCGGGAACCUUGACCUUGCACUGCCAGCAAUCCGCAGGGCUAUCGAGAGGAGGGACCCCGACAACCCCGACCAGCCAGCCGACCCACAGGUGGGGGAGGGGGUGCAGCAAGGCUCCCUCCUGGUUCCUGUCAUCUUCUACUCUCAGCUGGGCUACCAAUACUUCACCUCCAUCCUGAACGGCCCCUUCCUUAAGGCCUGUCUCCAAUCUGAACUUCAGAAGGUCGGUUAUGAGGCAUCCAUUGAUGUGAGUGUAGAGAAGUGGGAGCUACCAAACCUGCCAGAGGGGGGAGCAGGACUGAUGGGGAUGAUGGGGGAGGAGAGAGUUCUGGGCUGGCUGGCAGAGUUGCCUGAAAAGGUCAGCACAGCAGCAGGGGAUUCUGGGAUACCUGAGGAUGUCUCCUCUGUAGCAGGUGUCUCUACUGCUGCAUCACAGGAGGAUGUAGAGGAGGAGGAGGAGGAGGCUGGACCAUCCCAGGCUAAAGGAGCCAGACUUCCCCAGCAGCCUCCAGCACAGGCCACACCUACUGCACAGCAGGCUGAGCUACAGGAGGGCCCACUGAAGGGGCGGAGAGCCAGGCUACUGCAGCACAAGGACUCACCAACUGCACAGACAUGGCUCAAGGCCUACAGCUGUCUGGAAAAGGGUGCUGCCAUGGUAACCACAGGGGGGGGCCAGGAGGGGAAAGGGGUGGAGCAUCUGCUGGAGGGGAUCAUGCUGAUUGAGGAUAUGCACCCUGAUGUUGUUAAUACAAUCCUGUAUGACCAGUCCUGGCUGCACCUGGACAGAGCUAUGUUACAUCAACUCACUUCCACACAGCUCCAGGCUAACCCUGACAGCACCCCCUGUCUGCUCAUACAGGCACUGCAGCUUCCCCUUGGACACAGCCGACAGCAGGCCAUAAACCAUGUGAUCGACAUUGUUCUACAGCAUGGAGAAACAGACCCCAUGUACAAACAUCUGGCUUACAUGUACUGUGCUUUAGGGUAUACAAUAUGGAUGACCACCAGACAACCAGCCCCAGCCCUGUCUGCCUUUGCCAGUGCCCUUAUGCACAAAUCUGACCACUUGCCAACCCUGUACUUCACAGCAUGGUGUUCCAUAGAUGUGUCUGUCCCACAGGCCAUUAGGCAGUUUCACCACUACAUCCACACAGCUCCUACAGACCAUCCCUGGGUACCCCUGUCUCAUUACCGCCUGGUUUACCUGUACGGCCAGCAGGACCCAUCUGUCCACAGGGACAGAAUCCUGCAGCACUACAACAAGGCCCAGCAGACUGACAGGAACAGGCUGCCUGUGUUUCCACCAGUCCCCAGUGUGAUAACAGACCCAGCCAGAAGGGUGUAUGAACAAGUCAUGUCACAGCCUCACUAGUGAUGUUGCAGUUCAAUGCAUAUAUUAAGGUCCAAUCAGCAAUAAAAUACAAAAAAAUAUAAAAGCAAAAAGAACGCUUUAAGGUCUGCAGUUAAAUCUGAGCAUGUUUGUGAAUAUUAAGUAAAUAUCAUGUAGAAAUAAGUGACUGUACAGCUGUAAGCUCUCAUUUGUC